GCCGACAUUCAAUGCCGCCGCAGUCAAUCUCCGUGUCUGCCGGCAGCCCUCCGCAGCCAUCCUCUGCACUGCAUACGCUAGUGAUGAAUCUACGAACAAGGGAUGGGGAACACGCUAUGGGAACCAUCGAAUCCAUCGAUGAUGCAACGUUGUUCUGCGAACUUCGCGUGCGAGUAGAAGCUAUAGCUCCCUCUUUGGAUGAGUGCGAUGCAUAUCUCGCUCAGCUGCUCGUCUCCCUCCUCUCUCACUUCAAUCAAUUGUCGCUUGUGUAUUCCACAUCAACAGCGAAUCAUGAUAUGGCAAAUCUUUCCGGUCCAGCUUCCGUAGAAGUCAGGACUACUGCUGAUUUACUCGAUACUCUCGAGCGCCAACUCAGCGACUUUCAGGUUGAGCGACU